CCUUCUCUUCCUCAUCAUCAUUCUCUUUAUCAUUAUUUUUUAUCUACUUUUAUUUAUUUAUUUAUUUUUUAAAUUCUAGCCACAUUUUGCCUGACGUUCAUCCUUGCGACGUUCUUCUGGCUGAACAUCAUGUACUUCCGUAUCUGGUCAGAGCUCAGGUCCCCCAGCCAUGACAAGCCUAAGACCAGCUUGUUCCUUGGUCUCUGCGCCUAUGGCUUCGGCGGACCUCUGCUGGUGGCGACAGUGGGUCUCGGGAUGGAUCUCGCAAAAGCAGAUGGUAUCAGGCCGAAUUUCGUCUUCCCCUUCUGCUGGUUCAACGAUUCCAAGUCUCGUUGGGCUUAUCAGUACGGCAUUAUCCUGGCGCUCCUCAUUGUGAACCUAAUACUCCUAGUGUGGUCUGCCAUCCUCUCGGCAAGGAAAACGAAGUCGUGGCUGAUUCACCGAGCAUCUGACAAGAAUCAAGGAAUUACCCUCUUCUUCUGGCUCUUCCUCAUCAUGGGAGUCGCUUGGAUACUUGAAGUCAUUUCAUGGCAGGUACCGGGCCAAUGCAGUAUCUGGAUAAUUGUGUUCGAUAUCGUCAACGCCUUACAGGGAGUCUACGUCUUCUUGGCUGCCGUUAUUUUCAGGAAGGACUUAAAGUUACAAGGCUGGCGAUGGACCCGAGUGCCUACGGACGACCGAGCCCCUUCCAACGGACGGUAUGCGACCAGCAACGUGGAACUCGAUCAGCCGGCAACUCGAAGUGCCGAGUGAAUCCUGGAACUGCUUCGUUUCGAGAGAACAUGUUUCGUGUUUUUUUCGUCUCUUCUUCGCCGUCGUUUUCUCCUUUCUGUAUCUCUUCCGUUCUAAAUUUCUCCUCUUUUCUUGUUUUGUUUUUUUGUUUUUUCAUCUUGGUUUAUUGACGUGGCAGAUGUAUUUAGAUAAAAUGGUCUAAUAAUAUUUUCAUUCUUUCUCUCUUUGUUGUUGUCUCUUCUGAUUUUUUUUUAUUCUCUCGCUCGCUCGCUCUCUAGCCAACAGUUGUGCCUUUACUACAACAAUAUGCAAAUAAGCUCGGGAAGAGUUUAUUUGUUCUAUCUUCAAUUAUUUUGGUUGUAAAUUUCGACGUAUAAAAUGUUAGGUAUGAAGUUAUACUCACUCACACACGAUCAAUAUUUUCAUUAUUUCCAU